AUUGAAUAGUUCUUUUUCUUUUACUCUCUAUUGGAACACGUUUAGAUCCACAUUGUUGUGUGGAGCGCUCAAAAAUUUGUGGAAGUAUAUAUGAUUAGUUUUUUCGUGAAGAAGUUUAAUGAAUUAACUACAAAUAAACCUUUGUUGAAGAUGCCUAAUGCACCUGAAGGUCCAAAGAGACCAGGCAGGGGAUUCUUUCAGUCUUCUAAUGUACGAACGCGAGUUCAAGAGAAAGAAGAACUUUCCGAUCUAAAUGAUCGUUUAGCCACAUACAUCGAUCGUAUGAGAUAUCUGGAGCACCAAAAUACCAAACUAUCUGCAGAAAUAUCGACCUCGAAAGAAAAUGUGUCUAAGGAAGUCGCAAGUGUUCGAAUUUUGUUUGAAAAAGAGCUUUCAGAUGCAAGAAAAUUAGUGAACGAUACUGCAAAAGAGAAGGCUUUGCUGCAACUGGAAAAUAACAAGUUGUGUGGUGCAGUUGAAGAUCUGCGUUCAAGGCUUAAAAAAGAGAGUGCUUUACGUUCCCGUGUUGAAGAUGAAUUAAAACAAACUGGAAGACAAUUGCAUGAGAAAGAAUCUUUGUUAGUCGAAAUCGCUAAGGAACGCAAAGACCUUGAUCAGCAAAUAAAAGAUUUAGAAAAACAGUUAAAACAAUUACAAGAUAAAUUGGAGAAACAAAAAUCUGCAUUGGAAGAAGAGAUUAUUCGAAGAGUUGAUGCAGAAAACCAAAUGCAAACUGUUCAAAAAGAAGCCCGCUUUUCCAAACAGGUUCAUGCCGAGGAGAUAAACGAAUUGCGAAGUACACAGGAAAUGAAAUUUACAAUGGAAACUGAUGGUGCAUCACAUUAUGAUACUUUGCUACAUGACAAACUUCAAGAACUCCGUGAUGAGUUUGAAGAGAAGGCUAAAAAUGCUAGACAAGCGCUGGAAAAGGCAUACGAUCAAAAGGUAAGAUGUGCUCAAGUAAUUUUCAAAUUUUUAAAUCUAUACUUGGUAAUAGCGAAAUUUGUAAAAAUAAUAGGUUUUUGUACCUUCUUCAACAGGCUCGACAGUAAAACAGGCGACACAAAAGGAGCCCAUUUUAAAGUUCUACCGGCGUGGCAAUCAAAUUCUCUUCCAUUUGAAUUAAAUGUGGAGUUGAUGAAGACAACUGCUGAAUUAGAAAUUUUGAUAGAUGCUAAAACGGAUGAGUUUGAGCUGCAAUUGCAGGAGCGCGAUGCAAGGAUUACAAGUCUAAGUGACAAAAUUGGUGAUUUAGAUAAAGAAUGUGAAGUUCUUUUUGGUAUCAAAAUUGCUUUAGAUAUGGAAAUAGCUGCGUACCGAAAAUUGCUAGAAGGGGAAGAGCAAAGACUGGACAUCGUGUCAUCUCAGGUAACACAAUCUUUAUCAAAGAGUGGCAAAAAACGCUCUCGUCACGAGUGCGAAGUACAACCUGUUGAAAGCAGCUUAUCAGGAGGGGUAGAAAUAUCGGAAUGUGAUACAGAAGGCAAAUUUAUCAAGCUUCACAACAAGAGUGAGACUGAUGAAGCAUUAGGAGGUUGGCACGUGCAACGAAUUGUUGAUAAUAAGGAAGACGAUGCAGUAAAAUACAAUUUUACACCUAAAUUUGUGUUAAAGGCUGGUCACAGCGUUACAAUUUGGAGUAACUCUACUGGUGUGAAAAGUAAAGCACCAACUGAUCUUGUAUUGAGAAGUGUCGACUGGCCUAUUGGAAAUUCCAUUGUGACUUCUGUUAUCAAUAAUGAAAGUGAGAUUGUGGCGAAGCAUACAUUUAAAACUGUUACAACUGAGGGAACAGGACCACCUACAAGAAGAUCGAGAAAGACUAGAAGUAACUCGAUUGGAGUCACAAAGCAAAGCAAAGUGUUAGCAUGUCUUCUGUAUAACACACAACCAGAAUUUUUUUUAACGAAAAUCGAGGCUGAACACAAAAAAUAUUUUUCAUAUAUAAAUAAAUUUGACACCUGCACAUUGAGCAAUGUGUCAACGAUCAUGUUUUCAACGCCCGUGUCUUCCACGCCCGUGUUUUCAACGCCCGUGUCUUCCACGCCCGUGUUUUCAACGCCCGUGUCUUCAACGCUCGUGUUUUCAACACCCGUGUAG